AAUUCGGUCACUGGCUCCUGCUCGUCAGGUCCUGGGUGGGUACGCCCUGCGCUUCACGUUUGCCCUCACCAGUCCUGAGCACAAGAGUCUGCGUUAGGCUGCCUGUAUGCUGCCAGCCAUCAGACUGUAUGACAGGUGUCGAGAACUCUCCCCUCUACCAGUACCUGCAGGAUUUGGGGCACACAGAUUUUGAAGUAUGUCCAGUCUUGUCACCGGAAGAGGACGGCUGUCUGGCAGGGAAUGGAUUUCACGAACACGAUGCUCACAACGCAGCAAAGAAAAGCCUAUUUUCAAGAACAGCUGAAAUAAUUCAAAGUUGGAACCCGCUUAAUUUGGAAACGAAAAAGGAUGCAAGAGUUCACAUGUUGGAUAUUGGAUUCCGACUGGAUAGCCUGCGCACAAUCCUGCAUCAGGAAGUCCUCAUACAGGAGGAUGUGGAGCUGAUUGAGCUGCUUGACCCGGGGAUCCUGUCUGCCGGCCAGACGCAGAAGCAACAACAUGGACACCUUCCUACACUACGUUCCAUAGCAACACCUAAUAUUUGGGACCUGUCCAUUUUGAUUGCCUUCCUCAGUGUUUUGGCUGCUCUACAAUCCUGGGACAUUUCUUCCUCGCUCGCCUGGGGCCCUAGCUUCCUUCUGUUUGCUGUAUUUGCCGUCCAUCGGGCUCUGAAAGUGUGGCGCACGGCCAGACUUCAGGUCACUCUGAAAAAAUGCCUUGGCCAAUUAGAAGCAACCGUAGUGAAUAGCCGAGCCUUCACCAACCUUGUGAGAAAAGCUCUGCGUCUCAUUCAGGAGACUGAAGUCAUAUCUCGGGGAUUUACCCUUUUGCUUGACAGGGUCAGUGCCGCUUGCACGUAUGAUAAAACCGGACACAAUGCCAAUCAGCAUCUCGUGGGUCUGCGGAAAGCCGUCUACAAGGCCGUCAGAACAAACUUCAGAGUCUCGCGCCUCGCCACGCUGUACAUGCUCAAGCAUUAUCCCUUGAAUGCUGAGAUAGACAAUGUUACCAACUACAUCUGCGUUGUCCCAUUGAAAGAUUUAGGCCUGGGAUUAAGUGAAGAUCAUGUGUCUGAGGAAGAUGCCCACAAUUCAAAGGAUGGCUUCAGUCUUCCUGCCUUGAAGGUUCUCUUUCAGCUGUGGAUAGGACAGAGUUCUGAGUUCUUUCGUCGGCUAGCGCUGUUGCUGUCUACCGAGAAUGCGUCUCAAGAUUCUGCAUUAACUUCAGAACUGCUUCCUCACUACGUCUGGUGUGAUGUCGCUCAGGAUCUGCCUCACACUCAAGCUGCGUGUUUGGCCGAACUGAAGCGAAGCUAUGAGUUUUAUCGUUACUUUGAAACACAACACCAGUCGGGCUCUGAGCGGACCACCAAGAAGAAGCGCGAGACUGGGGAACUGAACAACUUACACGGCGCGAUACGCAGCCUACAACUACACUUAAAGGCACUGCUUAACGAGGUGAUAAUUCUUGAAGAUGACUUGGAAAAACUUGCCUGCAGCAAGGAUACCCAAACCAUGUCAGCUGAAGCCUCUUUCAUCCUUGAGGAGAAGCUAAAGAUGAUCCAGCCUCACGUGCAGGCCAGUAACACCUGCUGGGAAGAGGCCCUGUGCCAAGUGGAAAGGAUGGCUCGGAGACCCCCUGCCAAGACAGACUUGGCAAACCCAUUCUGUGAGAAUUCACAUUGCCCUGCUGUGCCUAUUGUGCAUCCAGCCCUGCGUAUAGAGGACAAAGAUCCAGUUCCUGAGGAGCAGGAAUUAGAGGCCUAUGUGGAAGACACAACUACAGCGGAGUUUAGUAGGGAGGAUGUGUAUUUUUUCUCUCCAGAGGAAAGGGAAAGACAAAAGCGUGAAAGGGAAGAGUCGAAGAGGGUACUACAGGAGUUAAAGGCUGUGCUGGGUUUAAAGGCGUCAGAGGCAGAAAGACAAAAAUGGAAGCAGUUACUCUUUAGUGAACAUGCUGUUAUUAAACCUUUGCUCCUUGAGGAGCCAACAGAAAUUGCUGAACUAUCAACAGAUACAGAAAAUUUGUGUGAUGGCAUAACACCGGAUUUUCAUGGGAAUGUUACAAGGGAGGUAAAUGGGACUGAAUAUCACCAUGAUGAUGAAGAAGAUACUACUCUGGAAACUUCAGACCCUCCAAUUAAAGAUAACUUUGAAGAUGACGCACAAAUGUGUAAUAUAUCCGGAGAAAGUGGACCAGUUGGUAAUGAAGGUAAAAUAGUACCCCCAUGCCCUGCACCUCGGACUGUGUUGCCUCCAUCCAUCCAGGAGAGGCUUGCCAGGAUCCAUCAGUCCUCAGAUCUACACUUUGCCUCCGGAUUGGCAGCACAAGUAGCUGCGCGGUCGCUCACUUUCACAUUCUUUCAAGAACAGACAUUUGGCGAUGAGUGGGACGAUGAUGAGGAUCAUAAAAACAGCUGCGAUAAUCACGUAGCAGAUGAAGGGAAUGAAGACGUGUGCACUGAGAAAGAGGGAUAAUGCCUUAGUAUAUACAGAUGACACCUUGUCCAACGUAAAGCCAGAAUGUCUGACCACAGACCUGGACAAACUCUUAAGUUAAUUUAACAAAUUUCUCGUGCUAGGAAGGUGAACAACACAUUAUUCUACGGUGUCUCAAUGACCCUCGCCUGCUCAGGGCACCUAUAUGUUAUGAUCAGCAGUGUCUUAUAGAUAGCACUACAAGUGUUAAAUGCAAAAUGCUCUUUUGGAGUAAAAUGUUGUAGAUCAGCUCAUAGACAACGAUCCACCUUAUGAUGUAACUAAACCAAUGCAACUGCAUACAUACCUAUUUUGAUUAUUUUAAUGUUAUUUAUUUAUUUACAUUUUUAUUUUAUGUUUUAGAGUGUU